UUCUCUAUAUGCAGACUAUAUCCCUCCUUUUGGGCAUCUAAUCUCUCUCUCUCUCUCUGUCUCUCUCCAUCGACGAGAGGAUGCAUCAGAGCCUCUGAAAAUACACAGAAUCAUCUUGCGAUGAUCUUUCCUCAGGGCUUUCUAGAAUGAAAAAAGAAGGAAGAGAAUGGAUCUGAAUCUAUACCUAGGUCUGCCACGCUCGCCGAUUCGCCGCGGGUCAGAUCUCGGCUCAGAUCUCGCCCUAGCUUCGAUACCGUUGUCAGCUGAAGAAACCGGUUCAAACCAGAUGUCUGGUUUUCUGCCUGCGUCGGAUUCUCAUGCUCCGUACUCGCCGACCCAUGCUUCGUAUACACCCAACUUGCCACCGAUCGAACCUUUGGACCCUACUGAGGAACCUCAAAUUCCCCGUUUUGACCAUGCGCCAUACACUCCAUCCCUUCCGUCCUAUGGGUUGGUCCCACCAUCGUUGGCGCAGAACAGUCCAGAACCCACCGGUAACUCCCGUCUUGAGUACUGCCCGCACUUGCCAUCUCACAUUCCCGUCUCCCCAACCACAGAUCGAACUGGGGUUGAACCUCUGGGCCCGGUUGUUAGUGACCCAGUUGGGCAUGCCCCGUACUCUCCAUUGUAUUAUCCUGUCUCACCAGCUGCGGAAGACAUCAUUGGGCCUGUCAUAGAGGGAGGUAGCAACCGUGUUGAGCACGUGCCAUACUCGCCAUCAUAUGCUCCAAUGUCACCGCGGGCACCACCAUCCUCACAAGCUGUUGAUGCUUUGGUCCUCGAGGAUGCUGAUUCACAUGUACCAUACUCUCCACCGUAUGUUCCGGUGUCUCUAACCCCACAAGUCCACGAUGAUCGCCCCAAUGGUGGAAGCCCACUGCCUGCUGUUGCCGUCAGUCUUUAUGAAGCAACCAUGCAAACCGGUGAACCUUUGUCCCAGGAUGGUCCUUCGCAACGGGAGCUCUUUCGAUACCCAGAAGUUCGGUUGCGGAGAUUGAUUGAGUCUAGUCGUCGUUGGCCAAUUAGGAGGUUCAGAUCAACAGUUCCAUACAGGGCUGAACCUGAUUUCGGCACACCUUCCUUAACAAUGGAGGAUCGCCUUCUUCAAGACAUCAUGACCACUGACAGAUCUGUGGGAACCUCCACGACUCAUAAAGUGAGUGUUGAGAGUCUUAUUGCUAAAGAUUCAGAAGAGGAAAAGGAGGAGCAGGGUAGCGCUGCAGCUAACUUUGAGUGCAAUGUUUGUUUGGAUAUGGCUAGGGAUCCGGUUGUCACUUCUUGUGGUCAUUUAUUUUGUUGGCCGUGUUUGUAUCAGUGGCUGCAUGUCCACUGUGAUCAUAAAGAAUGCCCGGUGUGCAAAGGGGAGGUAACAGAUUCGAAUAUCACGCCUAUUUACGGCCGGGGGAGUACUGAAACCGCGGCCAAGAAGAAGGGCGGGGAAGAUGGGGAUUCGAGUUUGAAGGUGCCCCCAAGACCCCAUGGGCAUAGGCUCGAGAGUUUGAGGCAACGGCAUCCCAGGCCGCUUUCAAGAAGAUUGGGGGAACAAUUCAGCUCAUGGAGACGCAUUUUGGAUGAAGAGAUACGGAACGGAAAUAGAUUGGAUGGCCAAGAGUCAAGUCAGCCUGGAAUAUUCGAUGGUCCUAGUCGUAGGGUGCUCACUAGGCUGAUGGCUGCUCAGCAGUUCCAGAGGGAGGGGAGUUCAGAAAAUGGGUUGAACUUGGGGGCUAGUGGCUCAUCUAGAAAUGCCACCGAUCCUGGAAGCUCCCAAAAUGGUAAUUCACAUGUCGACGGGACUCAUGUAGGGCACAGAAGUGCCCUUUUGCGUGAUAGAAUUGAUUUUUGGCACCGAUUUGCUCUUUAUAGCCUCCCCAGUGCCGAUGGAUUUGCUGCCAUAAGUGCCCGGGUUUCUAGUUUUCUUGAGAGGACAGCCAACAAUGUCAAUCAUUCCGGUGCUUCUGCAUCAGCCAAUCCUCAGAAUCCCGAGCCUCUGCAUGGUCAAGGUACACGAGGAGCAACCUCUGCGGCAGAUCAGGCUUCUGCGUCAAGCACGAUGGCUGUGAUACAACGAGAUGUUGAAGCUCUCGAUGCUUCUGCUGAACUGAAUGGCGCGGGAUCUUCUCGUUCCCUAAGAAGAAGAAGAAGGAAUGGUGCCUCUGGUUCUUUAGACGUAGAUGGUGGAGUUCAUCAUGCACGCAAGAGGAGGAGGCUGAACUAGGUUCGUUAAUAAAAUUUAUACUGUAACAGGAAUUUUCGCAUUGACUAUUUUGUUUGUAAUAUGGAUAUUUAGUGUUUUCAGAGCAUGUAUGCUGGUUGUAGUUUCAGUGAUGUGCUACCUGGAUUGUUCCCAUCCUGAGUUUUAUCCGUCUUGCGCUCCUUUAUGUUCUUCAUAGCAGGCUUGAGGAGUUUGUUCUUUGACAAACUAUGCGUUCCUUAUCUUGGAGUGUACAGUUUCUAUACUGAUAACUGUGUCUGAAUUGUUUAUUUUAUGGUAUGGAGUAUGGAAUAUUGAUUCUGUUCUUAUA